UUUUUUCAAUAUUUCUAGAUUUUUGACAAGAGAAGACAAUCAACUGCAAUAUAGGUCAGUGGUUUUCCCUGUGAGCACGUGUUUCAAAAUGGCGGCCGCCGAAGAAGCAUCCGAAUUGAAGCGAAUGUCUUGCCAUGAUUUUCGCGAAUUUAAGGAAGCAUUAAAGGUUUUACGCUUGAUAGACGACAAGAUUAUCUACAAGCUUAACACUAGUGUGCCUACAGCUUCUUUUGAGGGCGAAGUAAAUGCAGAGAAACGGUGCCGAGACUUGUAUGGUGAAUUGUUACAAGGGUAUUCAUCUAGAGAGAGUGCCAUCAAAGGCUGUAUUCACGAGGUAUCAAACAACAUCAGAGAUCUACGUGAAAAGAGAGAGCAAGAUCCAGACAGUAAUGAGUUCUCAAAGAAGCUAAGGAAUGAACAGACCAUGUUAAGGCUGAUGCAGUCAGAGUUGCUAGUAGAGGAAGUAGUAAAAGAACGCAGUCUAAAGGUUUUUAACGAGCGCUGUUGGAAGUCCUUCAAGCCACCUCAAUGACGACAAUGCUAAAGCCCAUUGUAAGCCCUGGUGAAAUAAAAACCUUGAGGCCCCACUUGGCUUUUGUUUGGCCAGGGCUUUAGACUAGCCAUGUAGGACAUUUGUCAAACUGUAAAUUAGCCUGCAAAGUAGAUUCUUGAAGGGAAACUGCUAUGCCAGCUACAGAGCUUGUGGUAUCAAACUUGCAAUCAACUACCUCCAAUAUUCUAUUUGCAAUUAAAGCCGCAUUGUCACCAGUUUACGUCUGAAGGGCCGACGGAAACCUCACUAUUAAAUAAGCCAUCUGCUGUAAAUUAUCAGUCACAUCUUCAGAGAAACUUUCAAUGGACACACUGCUGUCACAAUUUUGAAAUAUUUUUUGCAUUUUCCGUUAAAAAUCAUUGUCACCAGUAAAAUGUACCGGUAUGUGGGUAAAUCUCAAAUAUAUAGGAAUAUUUGGUAUAGCAAUAUUCUCAAUAUUAUUGCCAGACAGGAGAAGAAUGCUUCCUAUAAUUGCAGUAUAAUGGUAUCUAGGAACUCAUAGUUACUUCAAGUUAUUGGGGUUUGAGUUAGCCAAGAGUUCAGCUUAUCAGAGUUCCUCUAUGAGCAAAAUUAGCACCAAACUUCAUAUAUUUUGUCAUUUGGUUGGAGGCAGUUGAUUGCGUAGUGUUUUGACAAUUUUCUGUAUCAUCAAUAACAUGGAAAUAAAUUUUAUAUGUAAAGAACUGGAA